AUGUUGCUGGAUUGGGCGGGCUGGCUGAUUGCUCCCACUAUCGCCAGCCCUGCUGGUGUGGUUGAGCGACAGCACUCUGCCUACGAUACGCCCACACCAUGGCAAUAUGGAAGUGCGGCCUGGCCUGGAGCAUUUUUGGUACCACGCAGCGGUCAGCAUGUGCGGAGCCUGCCCGUCGAGGCGUAUAGCAGUGUGGCGCUGGCGCUGGCGCUGGCGUCUGGUCCUUUUUACGCCAAACGCUGGCCGCGGUCGCUGGCCGGCAGAGAUGAUUCAGCGGGCGAGGGAAGCAGCGGAAUGUGGAGUAGAUGUGCGGCCACGAGGCAUGACUUCAUCCAGCGCUGCAUGGGCAGGGCAUGUGGUGGAUCAGCAAACUCAGUGACGAGCGAGGAGGGGGUUUCCGCUCGCUACCGGCGCCGAAAGCUGCAGCGCUGCUGGCUAGUUAUUGAUUGA